AUGGGGUGGACAGCUGCCCUUCCCCUCUCCCCCUUGCACGGGGCUGGGCCCAAACGUGGGGGGGCGGCGGGUGGGGGCCGCGUGGGGGCCUCGCGGCUGCGGGUGCCUGGCAGGGGACGCUGCGGGCUGGCACGGCCCCCCGGUGUGUGCCAGGCAGGCGGUGCAGGGCUGUUUCCAGCGCGACCUGGUGGGACAGCCGGGGCCACCCACGCUUCGGUUGGCUGCGGCCGGCCGGGCGAGGCCUGCGGGCUGCUGCUGGGGCAGGGCUGCGGGCACUGGGACAUCCUGGCCGACUGGAACCUCACCAUGCCCAGCACGCCCAAGCCCCCGGUGCCGCCCCCGGCGCCGCCCCCGCCCGGUGCCCCAGAGGAGCACAUCCUCUUUCUCACCGACCUGCACUGGGACCGCUGGUACCGGCCGGGCAGCGCCGUGGCCUGCCCCGACCCCCUCUGCUGCCGGGGGGCGCCCCUGGGCACCGCGGGUGGUGCCGGCUUCUGGGGGUCCUACGGCAAAUGCGACCUCCCCCUGCACACCAUCGAUGCCCUGCUGGACAGUGCCCGCGGGGCAGGGCGCUUCGCGGCUGUGUACUGGACCGGGGACAUCCCUGCCCACGACGUGUGGCGCCAGAGCCGCUCCGACCAGCUGGGGGCGCUGCGGACAGUGACGCAGCUGCUGCGCGGGCACCUGGGCACCGUGCCAGUGUACCCGGCUGUGGGCAACCACGAGGCCACCCCCGUGAACGCCUUCCCCCCGCCCUCCGUCACCGGCAACCAAUCUGCCCAGUGGCUCUACCAGGCCAUGGCCGAGCAGUGGCAGCAGUGGCUGCCCCCCGACGCCCUCCGCACCCUGAGGGCUGCCGGGUUCUACACGCUGCAGGUCAGCCCCGGGCUGCGCCUGGUGUCCCUCAACAUGAACUACUGCUCCCAGGGCAACUUCUGGCUGCUGCUCAACGCCACCGACCCCGCGGGGCAGCUGCAGUGGCUGCUGGGGGUGCUGGAGGCGGCAGAGGACAAGGGGGAGAAGGUGCACAUCAUUGGGCACAUCCCCCCCGGGCACUGCCUGCGGGCAUGGAGCUGGAACUACUACAAGAUAGUGAACAGGUUCGAGGGCACCAUCGCAGGGCAGUUUUUUGGGCACACUCACCUGGACGAGUUUGAGAUCUUCUACGACCAGGAGACACUGACUCGCCCGCUGGGGGUUGCAUUCCUGGCACCCAGCGCCACCACCUACAUCGGCCUCAACCCUGGGUACCGAAUCUACUCGGUGGCAGGGCAGUACCCGGGCAGCUCCCGGGCGGUCCUGGACCACUUCACCUUCAUCCUAAACCUGACGGAGAGCGGCGGCGCCGCCGGCCCCCGCCCGCGCUGGCGGCUGCUGUACCGAGCACGGGAGGCGCUGGGGCUGCCCGGAGCCGGCGCCGCCGACUGGGACCUGCUGCUGCGGCGGCUGCAGAGCCAGCGGCGACUCUUCGACCUCUUCUGGUUCCUGCGCCACAAGGGGCACCCCCCGCGGGCACCCUGCGGGCCGCCCUGCCAGGCUGCCACCCUCUGCGCCCUGCGCACCGCCCGCUCCGGGGACCCUCAGCUCUGCCAACAUCUGCGCCCGGCGGUGCCCCUGCCCGGGCGGCGCUGGCAGCGCCAAAGCCUCUGCUGA